GGAAAUAAAAACGUGCAAAAAUCGCUUAAAAAUGCUAGCUAGUGAAACGUUACACAGACAUCAUAACCAUAGCAUAUUUAAACAGCAAGUGUCCUAUGAUAAUGGAGAACAAACGGAACAAGCACCACGUAACGCACCCCAAGUAAAUGGCAAUACCGAUUCGUACAUAGUAACUGCAACAAUUGGUUUAGCAGCGAACAGUGCAAUGCCUGCUCUUGAUAAUGGCAAUCAAAUUGCUAAGACUAGUGGUCUGCUGUCGAUCAAUGCAGACACACCGAGCAUAGGUGAUGCCGAAUUUGAGCUAACCGAUAGAAUGAAUAAACACAAUAUCAAUACUGCUGGCAUUGCAGUCAAUUCAGGAGCAAAUAAUUUGAUACCAAGUCAUCCUAGUGCGAGUAUUGAACAAUUCUUGCGUAAAUGCGUCGACGAGAUUAUCGCGUUGGCCGUAUUUAAAGGUACUUCACGCAAUAGUAAAGUGGUGGAAUGGCAUUCGCCCGAAGAACUUAAAAGCUUAUUUGAUUUCAAGUUGAAAAGCAAGGGUGAAACGCAUGAACAUUUGCUUGAAUUGUUGAAUAAAACUAUUCAGUUUUCUGUGAAAACCGGCCAUCCGUAUUUUGUUAAUCAAUUGUACUCCGGUGUCGAUCCCUAUGCUUUAAUUGGGCAAUGGCUGACCGAUGCAUUGAAUCCAAGCGUAUACACAUAUGAAGUAGCGCCUGUUUUCACUCUCAUGGAAGAAGAGGUUUUAGCAGAAAUGCGUAAAAUUGUUGGUUUCCCAAAUAACGGUUACGGUGAUGGAAUAUUUUGCCCGGGUGGUUCAAUUGCGAACGGUUAUGCAAUUAGCUGUGCUCGUUAUCACAAAAAUCCAAAUACCAAGAAAUUUGGAUUAUUUUAUUCAAAGCGUCAGAUAAUAUUCACAUCGGAAGAUGCACAUUACUCCGUUGAAAAAUUGGCAAUGUUUAUGGGCUUGGGCGCAGAUAAUGUAUGUAAAAUAAAAACAGAUAAUUAUGGUAAAAUGGACAUAAAGAAUUUAGAAGAACGUUUGGAAAAAUGCAUAAGUGAUGGAUGUGCACCCAUGAUGGUUUCAGCUACUUCCGGUACUACUGUUUUGGGGGCAUUUGACGAUCUCAAUUCUAUUGCUCGCGUAUGUGAAAAAUACAAUAUAUGGAUGCAUGUAGAUGCUGCCUGGGGAGGUGGGGCAUUAAUUUCACCGAAAUAUCGUCACCUUCUAAAUGGCAUUGAAAAAGCAGAUUCUGUUACUUGGAAUCCCCAUAAAAUGUUGGCUGCCUCGCAGCAAUGUUCAACAUUUCUAACCCGCCACAAGAAUAUUCUUAGCCAAUGUCAUUCCACCAAUGCUUCCUAUUUAUUUCAAAAGGAUAAAUUUUAUGAUACGACCUACGAUACGGGCGAUAAACAUAUACAAUGUGGACGAAGGGCAGAUGUUUUCAAAUUUUGGUUUAUGUGGAAAGCCAAGGGUACCAAAGGCUUAGAGGAACAUGUUAAUCAAGUCUUUAAAAUGUCUGAAUUUUUAACGGAGGCUAUACGAAAAAGGUCAGGUUUCGAACUAGUCUUAGAUCAGCCAGAAUGUACAAAUGUUAGCUUUUGGUAUGUGCCACCAAGUUUAAGAAAUAUGGAACGCAACGAAGCAUUUAGCACAAAACUUCACACAAUUGCACCAAAGGUUAAGGAGAACAUGAUGAAAAAGGGAUCAAUGAUGGUCACCUAUCAGCCCUUGCAUAAACUUCCCAAUUUCUUUCGCAUUGUAUUUCAAAAUUCGUGUUUAACGGAAACGGAUAUAUUAUAUCUCUUAGAUGAAAUUGAAACGUUAGGAAAUAAACUGUAAAAUAAUAGAAAAUAAUAAAUAAAUUUAUUGUGUAAAUAUGCUCAUAAAAAAA